AUGGCGCCCAAAAUGGCAGUCGCGCACCUCAACUUAGAUCUCAUCUCGAAACUCCCAUCUGAACUUUCCAUCACUGAGAUCACUGAGAAAUGCUCUGUUGACUGGCCUUCACCGGAUAUGGAUAGAGUGAAACGGAUCGAUCCGCCCAGGUCUUCCAAGACCCCAGAUUCACCAACAAAUCCAAGACCUCGAACUAUAUCUGUCUCUCGGUCAACAUCUGCAGUCAACUCCAGCCACCACUCUCGUUCGGCUUCUCGAAGCACUGGUAGAUCCAGACCACCCAGUCGCCAUAAUUCUUUUCACUCGCCAGGACGACCAGUGACCAACGCAGGCAUCGUUUCGGUCCCAGCUCGCACCCCACAACAGGAGAAGCGGGAGUCCCUAUUAGCCCUACACCGGGAGUCCUGUCGUCUCUUCCAAGACCCACAGUCUUCAGUCUGGGCUUCAGAGGAGUUACGAACAGCACCAAUUACGUACUCAUCUCGACGCGAACGCCGCACAUCCUCAGAGACAGGUACAUCGGGACCUCCAUCGCCGAUCGCAUCAUCUUCAUCAAGUCGCCGAUUUGACUCUGACCACCGCAGCUCUAUAAGCUCAACCACGGCAUCACCACACUUUCUCCAAUCUAGAGAUCGAGCCAAUACGCUUCCCAGUAUAUCCAGCCACAGUCCAUCCGAUUCCUCCAUAAACGUCCCGGCGACAGUAAUGGAGUGGACCUCGGACUCAACCCGACGAGCCGAAUAUGAACAAAUCGACCGCGCAACCCGUGGCGUCCGAGGUCUCUGGCGUCGUGUCGCACCUCGCUGGUGCCACCGCGACUCCCGCACCCUAUUCUUCGAAGAAGGAAAGACUAGCCGCGAAGGAAGCGUCCGUCGAUUCCGAAUGGACCUCCCUGAUGAUACGAACGACAAGCCCCAAAUGCAAACUCUGAAUUUCUUCAACCAAAGCCCUCCUCAAUCCUCCCAUGGCAAUCGACGCCUCUGGACAGGUCGUCGAUCCAAAACAUCUCCCACCUGA